AUGGCGACGGCUAUGAUGGCUGCAGCCACCACCUCCUGCUCCCCGCCCCGAGCGCUCCUCAAGCCCGCGGCCUCCUCCAGCCCCGCGCCGCCGCCCAGGCCGCAGCCACGGUCCUUCCUCAAGCAGCUCCCGGGGCUCGCCGCGACGGCGGCGGCGGCGGCCGUCGCCUACGUGCCUCUCCCGGCGCUGGCCGUGGAGAUGGAGAAGGCUGCGCUGUUCGACUUCAACCUGACGCUCCCGGCGAUCACGAUCGAGUUCCUGCUGCUGAUGGUGGCGCUGGACAAGCUCUACUUCUCGCCGCUGGGCAAGUUCAUGGACGAGCGGGACGCCAAGAUCCGCGCGGAGCUCGGCGGCGUCAAGGACGCCUCCGAGGAGGUGCGGCAGCUAGAGGAGCAGGCCCAGGCCAUUCUCAAGGCGGCUCGCGCGGAGAUCGCGGCGGCGCUCAACAAGAUGAAGAAGGAGACGACCACAGAGCUGGAGGCGAAGCUCGACGAGGGCCGCCGCCGCGUGGAGGCAGAGCUCGUGGAGGCGCUCGCGAGCCUCGAGGGGCAGAAGGAGGAGGCCAUCAAGGCGCUGGACGCGCAGAUCGUGUCGCUCAGCGACGAGAUCGUCAAGAAGGUGCUCCCAUCCGCGUGA